AACGUUACCGUAGGGCACGACGCACAAUUCUCCAUAACCGUUUACGGUGAUUUAAAAAAUCAAGUAUUGCGUUAUGACUUUUACAACGAUUUUGGUAUAAUGAUCUCUACGCCAUCUGCAAACGGUAAUUAUACAUUUAGGAAGCCAUACAUUCAUAUACCUUAUGUACGCGUUACUCUUUUAAACGAGACUACGGAAUACGCUUAUUCAACCACCCAACUGGCGGUGGACUACGAUUUGUCCGGUGGCAGUUUAAUAUUAACCUCUGGUAACAACCCUGUCAGUCUGCCCCCUGGGUCUAACACAUUAUCGCUGCAGGGUCUACUUGGUGAUGCAGCAACUGAAUUCACUUGCAAUAUAUCGACAGGUGAUAAACUAAACCGGACUCAAUUUAGUUACGAUUUAGUUGAAUCCAAAGAAAUUUCCAUAUCAAUCUCUUAUAAACAUGAUUCUCUUGGAACAAUGACAUCUACAGCUCACUGUUAUAAUAGCAUAUCAGAAUUAAGAACUAACCUGACUUUGGAAGUCGUUAAUCCAUGUUUCCGAAUUAAUGAGCGCUUCGAUAGACAGUAUUCUAUGCCAGAUACUCCACUAGAAGCUUCCGUCACAGAGGACUUGAUAAUAUUCUCAAGGAGCGUGAUAAACUGUGAAGAAAUGGGAUCACUGGACUGGACUGUGGAAUAUGCCGACAUCCAAAGUCGGGGUAUUAUCUACACGAACGUAAAUUUUAAAAAUCUAGCAGAUCCGUUGACAAAUGUGAUGCUGAUUCCAAAAUAUUCACUAAAGCCUGGCUUAUACAAGAUAACAAGCCUCAUUUCCGUAAAAGAUACAUGGCUUGAAGAAUAUACCUUUGUUAAGUUCACUCUUCCGCCCCCGACAGCUUUCAUUGAAGGCGGUGACUCUGUGAGCGCAAAGGGGAAUACAUAUACCGAAAUAAUCCUUAAUGCGGUAGAUGUCUCGUAUCAACAGGAAAUAGGAGAUGGAGGAGGACUGACGUACAGCUGGACUUGUCGCAGAUCUGACGGCGUAACGUUCACACAAGGCUGUGGGGGCAGUAGCGGUAAAUGGACACUACUACUGGACACAUAUAACUCCUAUGAUGUCACUGUAACAGUGUCAAACCAGCUGUACUCUACAAGUUUUACUCAAAGGAUCUUACGAGUCAAUCCGGACAUCCCUGUUGUCUCCUUAAGGUGCCUCUCUAACUGUGGACAAAAAGCUGUUGUCUCGAGAAGAACUAUUUAUAGAGUCUAUUGCAAGAGAUGCAAGGGUUCACGCAAAAACUACCAGUAUUCAUGGUUUCUAGAAUUCCAUAACUCGACAGGAAGUAAUAUAAGAAUAGAAGAAGAGAAACUGAGGAAAAUGACAUUGAACUAUGGUAGUAUACAUAAAAGAAUCAUCAUCAUCAAGGAGGGUGUGCUUAAAAUAAAUACUACGUAUACAUUAUCUGUAACUCAAAAACGCGUGUGGUCCAACUGCAAAAGAUUUUUCUUCUGGCAUUGGUGUAACACAAGAUUUGAUGAUCCAAGUCAUGUUUCGGUUACAUUUGAAACCGGAAGUCCUCCAGUUUCUGGAACUUGUCAAGUGGUUCCCUCAUCAGGAUAUGCAAUGACUACUGAAUUUAGAGUAAACUGCACUGGGUGGAAAGCUGGAAACUCUGAUAAGGAAAAUCAUCAUCAACCACUGUUGUACAUUUACAAGGCCCUUAUCUAUCAGAAGAAUGGGAAAAUGAUAACACGUUUCUCUACCACUCUCUACAGUGGAUAUGAAAGCUCAGUUGGAGAUUUGAAAUUGCCGACGGGACCCAAAGAGCAUUUACAGAUUGUAAAAAUAAUGGUGGACGUCGUGGAUCACCUUGGAGAAAGGAGUGACUGGUCACAGAAUGUAGUGGUUUAUCCAAUGCAUGUAAAUUCAACAUGGGACGAUGGUGAUAAAUUUGAUAAUCUCUGUCAAAAAUUUGAGAGUUUGAAUAUUCAGGAGAAGAGGAAUAGGAAUUACCUGUCACAGCUUCACCUCAUGAUAGCUGUCUCCUCAAUGUUCAUCAACAUACCACCGACUAAUCCAUUUUUGGAUGACUUGUUAAUCGCGAGAUAUUCUGAGAAAGUAGAAGAGCUGCUUGGAAAUAUAUCGAAUAUCGUGGAAAUUAUAGACGGCGCCACCAACCAAUCAAUGCUCACUCACCAGAUGCUAAAUCUGAUCACGUGGACGAUGCAUUCUCUAACUCGACAUUCCCAGUAUAUCAACGAAAAUUCAAUACAUGUAAUUUUGGGGAUAUUUCGACGGUUUUCAUUACGAAUAAAAGAAAAUUUUAAAGUGCGACCUUUCAUGAUGAAAUACAAAGGAAUUAUGAAUGAUUCAGUCAAAGGCAUGGUGAGUGUUUUACAAUCUAUAUUUUUCCAAAUCCAUGCAAUUGAUGAUCGGGCUAAACGCAAGGAUAUUGAUACGAAGUUAUGGGAAAAGUCACGAACCCAAAACUGUGAAAGAAAUUUAGAAGAAUUUCUUCAGCUCACAGAAAAUACAACUUCUCUGAAAGAAACUUUUCAAGGUGGGAUAGAGGAAGUGAUUUCUACAUUACAACAAGCUUUGUUGUCUGUUCUUGUUUCUGGAGAGGGUGAGGUAUCGGUAAACUUUGGGCAGGCUACAAUGAGUGUCGAGAGAACGGAUCUGGGAAACAAAACUAACGGAAUGGAGAAUGUGAUCCCAACGCUGGAGAUGGAGGAAGAAAUAGUAUGCGAGGCAAUGGAGUAUGAGGGUGAUAUAAAUCCACAUAGCAGUAGCGAUAACAGCGAUGUUGAUCACACCAAAAAAUCAAAGUGUUAUUCGAAGUAUUCUUUACCCAUUGUAUUUCAUGUAAAAGAGACACCAAAACUUAAAAGGAUAAACAGCUUUAUUGACCCUGACGAUGAUGAUCAAAUGAUUUACUUUCAACUCAAUGCCUCGACGAAAGCUGUUCUAAUUUAUUUUCGUCCGUCUAGCAUUGACGUUUUUCAAAGGCGCAGAAAUUCUCUCUACACUGUGUAUGCACGACGAAACGAAAGGCCCACAUCUAAACUAAAACACUUCCGUAAAAAGAUAACUGUAAAUGAUUGGUCUGAGGAACUAGGAUUCAAAGUAUUUAUUCCCAAAGGAAUUUGUGGUGAAGGUGAUUGCUUCCUCGGAAUAAAACCACGAAAAGUUUUGAUGGGAAAGAAAGUCAUUGUUCAAAAACCGUCAAAUAAAAGAAAACGAAGCAGUUCUACUCCUCAAAAUACUUUUGUUAAAGUUCCACUUCCAGAGAUUGAAUUGGAUGCCAUAAUCACAGCUAUAGGGUGUGCUGUGCAGAUAAAUGAUUUAUGGAAAGAUGACGUGUGCAAUCCUUUACCAGUCUCAAACAUUAGGGAAGUUAUAUGUAGAUGUCCUGAUAUAUCAGCGAGCCAAAACGUGGUCUACGGCUCCUCGUUCUUGGCUGUGAACGACAUUGAUUUCCAUGGGACUUUCCAUAACUUUGACAUAAGCAAUGCAGUUGUUUAUGGGACGAUCAUAGCAAUCCUGCUUAUAUACACACUUUUACUUUUACUUCUAAGACGAAAAGAUACUGAGGACAGGGAGAAGUGUACUUUGGGGUUCUUGUGUGACAAUGACGUAGAUGAUGAUUAUUUCUACCUCGUUACCGUUGUCACUGGGUUAAGAGCAGGCGCGGGCACCCAGUCCAAGGUGAACUUUAUCCUGUACGGCGAGUAUGGAGACAGCGGGGUUCGAAUCCUCAGUGAGGAUCUCCAGAAAGGCUUUGCAACUGGAAGUAUCCAUCGAUUUAUUAUGUCAACACCAAAAUACCUUGGAAGAUUAAUAAAUCUGUGGAUUUGGCACGACUUCUCGGCGAUAGGCUUGGAGCAAAGUUGGUAUUUGAGAAAUUUAAUCUUUGAUGAUUUGAAGACUAGAGAAAGGUAUGUUUUUCAGUGCAAUACAUGGUUAGCAUUGGACAAGGUUAAUGGCUGUCCUGAUUAUUUCGCUUCCGCUACUGAUGUGCAUGACAGUAAUGUAUUGUUUUCAGACCAACUAUUUCACAACUUUACUGAAAAUAGUUUGUGGUUUUCUACAGUCUUUCGCCCUGAGCACAGUUCAUUCACCCGUGUGCAACGUUUGUCAUGUAUACUAGCAUUUUUGUUUUUGGCAAUGCUUGCGAAUGCCAUGUUUUACGAAGCACCCGGUACAGAUGAAGAAGGAAAUCUUAAAAUUGGAAUCAUCUCAUUUUCGCUAACAACAGUUUUUACAUCACUAAAAUCCACCGUCAUCACAACUCUGCCCAUCACCUUAGUGACACUGAUUUUCCAACACACCAGAGACAAUGCUACUGAAACAGAUAAAGAACACAGCGCCAAACUUAUCCGACAAAGUAGAAAACCUCUACCGCAUUGGAUGCGUCACAUUGCUUGUGCGAUUAUAGUAUCAUCGAUUGCAUCUUCAGCUUUUGUGUUGAUUAUGUACAGCAUGCAGUGGGGUAAAACUAAAUCGCAGGAAUGGCUCUCAUCGUUCGUGUUUUCAUUUUUUGCGUCUCCAUUUUGUAUUGACCCUUUGAAGUUGCUUCUUUUCGCUGCUGUAUUUUCUUUCAUCUUGAAAACCCCUUCCACCAAUAGAUGUAUUGAAUUUGAUAUCACGCUUUUAAAGAAAUACUGUGCCUUCCAUUCAUGCAAGAAAUCUAAACAUUAUGUUGAACUUGUUGGAUUAGUUUUUCAUAAAACUCAGCCACUCAAUGAUUCGAAAGCUGAUUUUAUGCGGAAAAGACACAAAGAGGUUGCUUCAGCAAAAAAAAGUUUCCAACAUCUGGUGAUGUCAUUGGUAUUAACUGGAAGUGUUUUAGUAAUAGGGUUCAAUGAGUUUGAUGUCAAUGCCUAUUACUUUCAAAACAACAUCAGAAACUACCUUGUAAGCGAUGGAUAUGGCCAAUUCGGAUUUUCAGCGGUGAAUAACACUGAUGGUUUCUAUAAAUGGAUGAUGACCACGUUUAUCCCUACAUUUUACCCUUUAACGGCAUACAACGGAGAGAAACUGGAUAUCUUAGCAGAACAGAUGUUUGGUGAUAUGGCAAACAUAAGAGUUGGUCCUGGUCGCAUAAGGCAGGUUAGAAUGCCAGAACGAGAAUGUGACAGCACUGUGGUAUCCACUGUCUAUCCAUGCAUAAACUCGUAUAUACUUGCUGCAGAGGAGAAGGGAACUUACUGUCCAAGAUGGCAGCAAUGGCGGCCCGAUUGUUCCGAUUCUGGUUUCAUCCCCGAGGCUUGGUCCUACAUUGAUUCUAGUGUCAUCUUUGGUACACCUGUGUCUGCUGAAUAUAACACGUACAGUGGAGGUGGGUACUUCUUCCUCUUGGACGAAGAACGCGACCAAUCAAAACGACAAGUUCAAGAUGCCAAAGACAAUAAUUGGAUCGACAGACAUACAAGAGCUGUUUUGACAGAGUUCACACUAUAUAACCCAAAUACUAAUAUGUUUAUUAAUGCAGUGCUUGUGCUGGAGUUUCUCGAACAAGGAUUUGCAAUGCCAUAUAUUCAUUUGCGGCCAUUUACGAGAUCUCUGACCUUUAACGAAUGUCCUACUUCAUUACAAACCUCUCUUGCUCUUUUUGUACUAUACUUUAUUUUCAUUUCUGUUGAUAUUGUGGCGCAGUUGAUAACAAACUGUAGAAGUGUGAUCAAAAGGGCCUGGUUUUGGGUGGAGGUAUUAUUUGCCAUGAUCAGUGCCUGCUGUAUGAUCCUUUUUGUUGUCCGCAAAAGCAUAUCAGACAAAACUGAGAAGAUGUUUUAUGAUCAACAAUAUACUGGAGAAAAUAAUUUUAUUAAUUACUAUCAAAUAAUUGUACUGAACAUUGCAAUCCAGUUUGUAUUAGGUAUCAUUUCCUUUUUUGCCUUUCUAAAAAUUUCAAGGGCCUUUCAGUACACCAAGACAUUUUCGGUUUUCUGGAGAGUAAUUUAUAAGUCCUCAAGUCCUUUACUGGGGUUUUCUGUUGUCUUUGGUAUCACACUUUGUGCCUUUGCUUCUAUGAUAUAUAUACUUUUCGGGAAGUCUGUUUACAGCUUCAGGAACAUCGCCUCCGUUUUUGGAAGUUUAGCUAACACACUCGUUGGGAGAAAUAAUGUUGGAAUAUUAAUGAAUGUGUCACCAGUUUUUGCUAUGUUCUUUUAUUUCACUUAUGGGGUAACAGUCAUUUUUCUGUUGCUAAAUAUAUUUGCUGCAAUUCUGAACGAAACAAUAGACAUAGUGAAAAUGAAGAACAGAAGUGCUGAACAUGUAUUUGGUAUCGGCGAUUAUACUCGUGCCUCCCUAAAGAAUAUCAUUAUUUUGAUUUCAACAACCGUUUCUGGAAGCAAAGAGAAAAAGAAAGACGAAAUUCUUUAUGGUGAAGCCAGACAGGACAUCGAUACAUACGCAGUUGUUUAUAUACUUCAACGACUCUUCUGGGCAUACCAGGCGGUAAUAAAGGACAAGCAAGUCAGGAAAGAUUUAACAGGGAUAAACAACUAUGCUAUCUUACGAACCAUGCCUGAUGAUGAUGAUGUUGGCACAGUUGAAGAAAAAACUACAGAAGAAAAUAUGGAGACAGAGGAAGAUAAAGAAAUAAACACACAUAACCUUUUGAAAUACAUAUGACGAAGUUCUGAUUGUUCAUCCCUGCCAAGGGAAUGUCUCAGAAAGUACAACUGGUUUAUAAGUAGAAAUAUUCCUUUCUAAUCAUACGUGUUAGAUUUGUUUUGAUAUAAAAUAAAUACAAUCUUUAUACAACAUAUACAAGAGAUUUAUCACAAUUUUAGUUUAAUUUUCCAACUGUAUUAGACUAAAUAUUUUAGCUUGAUAAUCAAAGGAAAUAAAAGAAAGAAUGGGUGGACUUAACUAGCCAGAAAAAAUGCUGCAAAUUCAAGUUCCAUAAAAUGUUAUUUUUUUUCCAUCAUAUAAACCCCCUAUAUCUUAACUGUGUGUUUAUGCUACGGAUGUGAAUUUAAAAUGCUCUUUUCGAGGUAAACUAAAUAAAUAUCGAAGGCAUGGUGCCUGAAGAUUUGUUGAAUAUCAAUAGAUAAUCAGGGUCAUGCAUUUUUCAUCGUCUGAAUACAUAGUCAGCGCAUGUUUGUCUGCUGUUCUUACGAAAACUGUAGUUGUAUAUUGAACAAAAUAAUGCAAUUUUAAAAGGAGAGGAGCCGACAAAUGUGCGCUCACACUUAAUUUAACAAAAAACAUGUUCCAAACAAACUUCUCGCUUCCAUUGUUACGACUUCGAUUGACCUGUUAAAUAUUACAAUUCAUCACGUGAUGUCCACCUGCGAGUGUACUCUUGGAAACAGUUACAUUGUAUUCUUCAACCUGACCUAGAUGUAAAUCACUAUGUUUGGUGCCGUUUUCAGAAUUUAGCACAUUAAAUGUUUUAAUUUUGCGUGUCCUCACAUUUUUAAAAAAAAUCAUAAAGACAUCGCCGUAAUAUUCCAAACACGUAUUCGAAUUUCUAGAGAGAGAGAUGGAGAGAGAGAAAAAUUUCAACAACGACACCGAUCGAUAGCCCCGCCUCCUAUAAAUAUUGAUAUCGCGACCUAAAAACCACUCCGGGUACAUGUCAAAUUCCGGAAGACGACACUAAUGUAUCCUUGGUUUAAUUUUGAUUCAUGGCAAUAAGGCAUUGCUUUUGUACAUAUGUUCUAGCUAAAAUAACCAUGUAUACGUCGCUCUUUCUAGUGGUUGUAAUAUAUUUUGGAUUCACUUUAUUUUCAACUUGUUAGAGUAGUCUCAAAAAGAUCCAAAAUAGGGCGUUAAGUCCAUCCAUUCUUUCUGAGUCAAGUUGACCUUUUGUUUUAAGAAUGAUUUUUCUCUCCAUUGUUAGAGUU